AUGCCACCGGACUCUCAUAUCCAUAUCAUAGACCCUGAGCGUUAUCCUAUGGACCCUGAGCGCGACUACACUCCCAAAGCUGCGACUGUCAAGAACGCUACAGAGUGGCAACAAAAGCACGGCAUAUCUCACAGCGUCAUCGUACUGCCGAGUGUUUACGGAACCAACAAUUCCGUACUGAUCGAUGCGUUGAACACAUUCAGUGGCUCCUGCCGCGGUGUCGUCGUAGUCGAUCCGGAGAACAUCUCCAACGAGACACUGGCUGAAUUCCACGCUGCUGGUGUUCGUGGCGUACGCGUCAAUUAUGGCAAUGAGGGUACAAACGAUGAAAUCGUAGAGGCGGUGAAAAAGAACGCGAAAGUUGCAAAGGUGCAUGACUGGAACCUGCAACUCUGGAUCCCAAUCAAGGCGAUGAAGGAACUAGUCGGCGUGAUUCCCGAUCUGGGCGUACGAGUUGUUCUUGACCACUAUGGACAUGCUAUGGCGGGUUCUCGUACAAAUGUUACGGCGAACACCUACGACCCGUAUUCUAUCACCGGGUUCUCCGAGCUUAUUUCUCUCGUACAACGCAAACUUGUCUUCGUCAAGAUCUCUGCGCCUUACCAAAACUCCAAGUCCGCACCAUUGUACGAAGACAUGCGGGUAAUCGGACAGACGAUAAUGAUCAAUGCUCCCGACAUGGUAGUGUUUGGUAGCGACUGGCCGCACACUGCGAGCAAAGAGGGCAAUGCUGCAGCUGGUGGCAGACUGAAUCCACAAGACUUUAGGAAUAUUGAUGAUGCGGGUUUGAUCAAGCAGACAGUAGAGUGGGCCGCGAGUGAAGAGCAAGUGCGGAGGUUGUUUGUAGACAACCCAAGACGUCUAUGGCAGUUCUACAAGGAUGAGUAG